CAUGACUAUCAUUGAGCGUUGCCCUAGCAUGUGCGCGAGAUGGACAACACAGUCACACAAAGAUUGCGCAUGUAGCUGUGCCUGGGGCUGGAGAUGCACAAGGCAAGGCGGCCAGUGAGAUUCCGUCACUUUGAAAUUGGCUUGUGCGCCAUGAGCUUCCAUCGCUGCUGCCCCACCAAGCCUGGACCGUGCGGCCGGUUGAAGCCGAAUACUGGACUGUUCCUGGCUUCCAGGUUGCAGAAGCCCAAGCUCAUCCAAGCUCAACCAACAUCACAACGUCCAACGCAGUGUAUCUUCAUAAUUGCCCCUGGCAAUUCUACUACUACCCUUGAUUCUGUAGUCAUCCCACUUGCUCUGCCGAGCGAUACAUUUCCACACCACCGACGCACCCGUCGGUUGCCUUCUGCAACCUCUUGGCGACCCGAAGUCAACCAUCACCCUGCCUCUACCACCUCAGAUCCGCUCACGAUGGCAUCCUCACAAACUGCCACCAAGAAAGACGACAAGGCGGCCGAGACCAAGCCCGAGCAGCAGCCCGCCGCAGAUCAGAAACCAGCCGCGUUGGAGGAGGACGACGAGUUCGAGGACUUUCCCGUCGACGACUGGGCGCAGGAGGACACAGAGGCCGCAAGCGGCGGCGGCGCGACACAGCACCUGUGGGAGGAGUCGUGGGACGACGACGACACGAGCGAUGACUUUUCGACACAACUCAAGGAGGAGCUGAAGAAGGUCGAGGCAUCCAAGAAGCGGUGAUUCGGUGCCCGCAUCCAGGGAGUUAGGAAGCCAAAUGCAAUAUAAGAUGGUUAACACUUUCCGCCUGAUCACGUCGCGGUGAAGAGGACUAAGGGUGAGGAAGCGGUGGAGAUGCUCAGUUGCGCGCAUCUAUCGCCGAAUCCACAUAUGCCACACCUGGGGUCAGGUGGCCGGAUAAGGGCAAAAGCUGGCGCCUCGCCCGGCAGGCAUAGAAAAAUUGAAGUGUGUCACAGCAAGUUUUGACUACAAAUCCAAGCUCGUCGCAAAUAAAAUCAUGUCUAAAUUGUCUUGGG